AUGAGUCGCCGAGUUGAAAACGCUCCUGAAGAAGAGGUCAUAGAGGUGAACAGUGACGAUGAGGGAACCAUUGAUUUGGUUCCCUCAGGAGAUGAGGAUGACAGUCCACCGCCAUCGCCAGUCGCUCAUCCUAGACCACCGGAGGAAGAAGAAGAAAAUGAGGAGGAGGAGGAAGAUGAAGAGGCUCUGACAAAUCGGCAGUUCAAUGAGAUGUUUGUCUACCACACCACACCUCAAUCGCCUUCUGCCCGUUAUCCUUCUCCUCCUCCUCCUCGUCGUUUACCAUCCCCAAACAUUGCAACUGGAGUGAAUCUCAAUGAUCAAAAUGCUCCUCAAAAUACUACUGCUGCGGACCACCACCACGACCUUAACAAUGAACAACUUGGCAAUCACCAGGCAACUGAAACCGCAUUCAAACAACGGGGUCACCUGUGGUAUCACGCUAAAACGCACAUCGCUGAGAGGCAAUAUGUGUGUGAGUGGUGCCAGAAACGAUUCACCAGACAGGAACACCUAAAAGCCCACACUCGACUUCAUACCGGCGAGCGGCCGUACCAGUGUGACCAUUGUACGAAAGCAUUCGCCGACCGGAGUAACCUAGCCGUUCACAUGCGAAUUCACACUGGUGAACGGCCAUUCCGCUUGUGUGAGUGGUGCCAGAAACGAUUCACCAGACAGGAACACCUAAAAGCCCACACUCGACUUCAUACCGGCGAGCGGCCGUACCAGUGUGACCAUUGUACGAAAGCAUUCGCCGACCGGAGUAACCUAGCCGUUCACAUGCGAAUUCACACUGGUGAACGGCCAUUCCGCUGUAAACGGUGUCGGAAACGUUUCACCCAACAAGGUGACCUAACAAGACACCUUCUCAUACAUACCGGCGAGAAACCGUUUCAGUGUGACCAGUGCCCGCUAGCAUUCACCCACAAGGGUAACCUAAAAGUUCAUGCUAGAACUCACACCAACGAGCGGCCAUUUCGAUGUACGGUCUGCAAUAGUACAUUUACCCGCAAGGAUGGUUUCCA